AUGGCCUAUCCCAGCGACCCUGGUGCCUUUUCCCCACAGGCUGUUAGUCCUCGACCCGAUGAAAGGAGCGUUGGUAGAGGUUAUUCGACACCUCCUCAUACCGAAGUCAAAUAUGAUUCGCCUAAGCAGGGUCAUCAGAGGUUCGUUUUUACAGACCCUGUUGCUUUUCGAUACCUGGAGGAGGACCCGUCUACAAUAGUGUUGGACCGGCGACGUACCUUGACGUGCUAUGAAAUCUACAUUGUUGAGCAAUGGGCGUGCUCAAGGGUCCAUCCUACCUUCGUCAUCAACACAUACACGGGCGAUCCUUCAAACACUGCGAUAGUAGCUGUACUUAGUAUUCCAACGGAUGAAAAUGCGUGGUCCCCCCGAUUGAAAGUUUACUUCGAUGCUGUUGCCCAAUUUCAUUCGCGAAAACGAGAAACUCCGCUUGGUAUUUUGAUGGUGACGAAUCUGAGCAGUUUCCCCUCUGCAUUGACUGUAAUUCUCGUACCUCAUGGCGAUGUGAAGAGACAUAGAGAAGAUUUCGUUGUGAACGAGAAUUUGAAACGCCUUGGAUGUUCGGGACGAGCUGGUAUGAAUCUCAAACAGCCUAGUGCCGCUACGCAAGCCAAAUUUCACCAAUUGUACAGGACGAGCGAACGGGUGCCGUUAUAUUCGGCAGUCAUGGAGCUGGUAAAGCAAUGCCAGAUGGCGCUGAUGAUUUUUGAUAAGCUCGCCCCUGAGUACGCGGAUGGUUUACUCUGUGACGUGACAGAGAAAGCUAUAAACGACUGGUGGACUGAUAUUGGAACCGACUUUUUCAACAUCGAGCCAAGCGAUGGAAUCCUAGGUCCAACGACGGUGUCUGCCUUACUUGGGACGGUGAUGGGGGCGAGGAACCGUCUUCAUGCAUAUGGUGCUCCAGUUUCCAAGGACGUUUUUGAUGUGGCGACUUUAAAACGAGGAAUAGAGAGCUUUCAGAAAUCCCAGAAACUUGAUAGAACUCGCAGACUCGACCGACAGACUCUGGAUCGACUUCAUCGGGUCACUACAAAGGUCGCCAGUGGUGAUGGCUGGAAUGUUCCUCGCGCAGUAAAAUCUACUGUUGCAGAGUUAGGAGGCAAAGGCGGCGAGAUGGUCAUUGGAAUGGUUGCAGGACGUGCCAAAGCUGGUAUCGCGGAAAUUGAAACCAUUGACAUGGACCGAUUUGUUCAGUUGGUUAGUGGCGAACGGCCGAAAUGGCUCUGGCAUGGGAAGCCACGCAAAACUGGAAGCGAUAUUUUCCGCCAUGCUACCGGCGACGAUUCGAUGGUUUUUACGAAUGAUGACCGCGGUGGAUAUAAAUGGACUAGUAGAAAAAGGGAUGCUGCAUCUGAUCAGACUUCUGGUCGCCAUAGUCUCGAAACUGAAUAUUCUGGAAGACCGAUUGAGUUUCCAGGUACCUUUUUGGAUGAUAGGGAGCCGCAAUUAAAGGGUGCUAUAAAACGCUCCGUCACUGGCAAAGUAUCAGAUGCCCGUGCAGGAUUUGGUCGGUUCAGGGACGCCGUUGGGCUGCCUGGUCUCCGGUCCCACCAUCACAAACGGUCUAGGGAUGGGCCGGAAUUUGAAAAUGAGUUAGGUGCUCAGUCAAACAGGGACUACUAUUUCGGAUCGCCGUCCACGCAAACUCAGAAUGAUGAUUUGCCGGAUACCGAACAACUGCCAUCCGCAUACCCCGAAAAUCGAGACGAUGCCACCCAAACCCCACGUGAACCGCCACCGAAUGAAAAGCCACCGGCUCCCAAUUCUAUCUUCCCUAAAGCAAAUGGGGGACCUUUAUCUAAUGACGAGCAUUCAACUACUAGUGAAUCAGAACCCAGCGAGGAAGCUGAGGUAUCCACAGGAGAAGAAAAAGCUGCGCUCGACAACGUUGAUGCAUUACCAGAGGCAAAGGGAGCCACCCUACCCACCAACAUACCCCUUCGACGGCCACGAAGCCAUUGUAUACUUCCUACCGAAUCCUCGGAGGAUCAACGUAAUUCCCGUUGGCCUCGCCACCUGUCUUUCAGCGCUGUAGAAGAUACGAUCCUUUGCUGGGAAAAUGUCGCAGAUUGGGCAGCAAGACCCGACACAAAAAAAAUGACACCCGCAGAUGCGAUGUUGUGGGAGGACAUCUUCGCAUCCGACGUGCAAUACUAUGGCUGUAAGAUUCAGGCUUUACGCUCGGCGAUAGCGCCCUGGGUUGAGAAACAGGUUUCCGCGGUUGAGUUCAUAGAUGCACGUGCCCAGGCACGGCUUGACGAGCUUAACACUGUCUACCAUGAGAAGAUCGAGGACUUUCGCGCGUUGCAAGUGCAUACCACUGAUCUGGUUGCGGUUGAAGGCUCGACUCUCAUGGAGAGCUCUAAGAAAGUCGAGCUGCUGGGUGCGAAGCUUGACUACGAGCUUAAUGCGUUGCAGUCAAGGAUCGAAGAGGUGGAGGUGGGACUGAAUGAUUACGAGCGGCAUAUCGUUGGGAUCGAAAAUAGGGUUCGGGACCUAGUCAAGGAUGAAACGCAGAAGGCGAAGGAGUCGUGGUUUAGUUGGGGUAGUGGGCUCCUUGGACGCUGA